UGCACACGUCCCGAUGAGAUAGGCUGCGAAAAUGUGGGUGACGUUUGAUCAGCUGAUAUGUUACAGGAUCGGAAAGACGUGAAAGAGGCUGAUGGCUGUAACAAUGGAGCUGGAGGAAAGCGCCUCGGACUCGAAGAUACUCAGGGAAAUCACCAUUAAAAAAGAGCGGCGCCCGUCCAGUGCUGUAUCUCUAUGCAAGUCCGAAUAUGGGCAAGUCCAAGAGGCGACAUCAGCGGAACAACUGAAACAGUACAAGUCAUGGGUCAGUGCAGAGAGAUGGAAUGAGUUGAAGAAGAUCGCGGAAACCGCGAUGAAGGAACGGAAGGUGUUCAUGAUCAAGGGCGGGGGGUUCCCUGCGGUCCGAAGGGCACUUCUUGAAAGAGGAUGGGUCGAAAAAUACGAGUCUAGUAAGGUCCGUCAUCCUCCUCUAAACAGUGAUCCCAAAAAAGCCACAGGAAAAGAGCUCUCCAGGGUUGAAAGGAUGAUCUUGUACAAAUUUAUGGAGCAACAUUCAGUCGAUUUUCUAUGGACUACCAAGAGAGACAAAUAUGACUGGUUGCUAAGUAACAAAGAAGUUAUUAUAAGCAGAUUCUCCAGAUCUAUAUUUACAACCAAAGAAGGCUUAACUACGUCUCUAACUCAAAUGCAUUGGUAUACCGAACCUGGUACAGCUGUAACAAAAUUCCCACGAAGCUAUAACAUCCAUAACUCCGAUAGCCUGGAGGAGUUCAUUGAUGACUUUAGAAUCACUGCCUGCAUAAGCGUGUUGAAAUGGCUUUGCAAUUCUAUGCAAAACAAAGAGGAACCAAAUCUGGUUACAAGUCACGGGAAAGUUCCGUUCAGUGCAAUAGAUUUUGCUCUCUGUAGACUGACAGAGUACAUCACUUUUUAUACACACAAAGAUAUUGACGAUACGGAAGACCAAACCACUCACGUGUGGGAACAUGAAUGGGACCAGUUCCUGACACAUCAUUAUCUUCUGGUACACGAGAAGGCAAAGUUUACAGAAGACAAAAACUGGAAUUUAAGGCAAUUAGAAAGAAAAUCAGCGAAAGUUUUAGCAACGAUGACGAAGUUUUGGCCUCAAAUAGACAUUGAUGGCAUACUGAACAUAUGGAUUGUGAAACCUGGCAACAAAUGUCGCGGGCGGGGCAUUCAGCUCAUGAACAACAUCAAAGACAUUAUAGGCCUCAUCAAUUUCCCCGCUCAAAAAACUAGAUACGUCGUACAAAAAUACAUUGAAAAUCCUUUGGUGAUUUACGACACAAAAUUUGAUAUUCGACAGUGGUUUUUAAUAACAUGUUGCCAGCCUCUCACAAUUUGGGUCUACAGGGAUAGCUAUUUAAGAUUUAGUUCUCAAAUAUUCAGCUUGUCGAAUUAUCAUGAGUCCGUGCAUCUUACCAACAAUGCUGUCCAGACUAAAUAUAAAAAUACUGGAGAACGAGACAAAGCAUUACCAGAUGAGAACAUGUGGGAUUGCCAUUCAUUCAAGGCUUACCUAAGACAGAUAGGAAAGUAUGAAAUGUGGGACACCAAAAUCUUCCCUGGUAUGAAACAAUGCCUCAUAGGCGCUAUGCUUGCCUGCCAGGAUGGCAUGGACAAGCGACAGAAUAGCUUCGAGUUGUAUGGGGCCGAUUUCAUGCUGACUGAAGAUUUCACUCCUUGGCUAAUUGAGAUUAACUCCAGUCCCGACAUGGCGCCAACUACUUCAGUUACAGCCAGAUUAUGCCCUCAAUGCCUCGAAGACGUUGUAAAAGUUAUUCUAGACCGUCGACACAAUGCUGAAGCCGACACGGGCACGUUCGAACUAGCCUACAGACAAGUAGUGCCAAAGGCACCUGCCUACCUUGGCUUAUCUCUUUGUAUCAACGGGAAGAAACUUCUGAGGAAAUCGAAGGAACGUAGACAUGAGUCACGUAAUGUCACACCUGUAGCACCUCGGGAGCCUGCCGGUGACAACACUAGCCUAGAUCAAGAUCAACCUGUUCCCGCAGAAUACAGCGGACCAAUCAUAACAGACUUCCUCACGUGGCUCAAUCCCUAUGACGCACUGCCUAUGAAUAAGGACGGAAUCGUUUUAGGGCCUAAGGAUUCACUAACGGUACGCCAAGCUAUCACAUCAGUAAAAUCUUUAAAAAGUGCAUCUAAAAAACGUAAAACAUCCGCGCUCUCUUUUAGGACGCACCGAGGAAAACGAGAAAAAAAUUUAGAAUAUAGAAGACGUGUCGUUCCGCAUUCAUGCUGCCGGCCCGAAGAGAGCCAGACUGGUGUCCACGCCGGUAAAUACCGGACCGAGUCAGCCAGCAAAGCCGAUAAACAGAAAGUAGAUAGAUCGGUUGGUAACAAAAGAUGUUACAUAGAUCCUGUGGAGUGGGAACGUGAAACGGCUAGUAUUUUGCGCUCAACAAUAUCUGUCCAAAAUAAAGUAACGGCUAAGUCCAAUCCCGCACCUACCGAGCCUACUUUCCCUUUGCGUCAAACAAAAUCUGGUAUUGUAAGUUUUCAUAAAUCGCCAACAAUUCCUCAAAGAUUGCGCAAAAGCGUUGAUGAUUCCGAUCCGAUAAAAAAAUUGAGCGCCAUUGGCAGAAAUAUUUGUAAGCUUAGGGAUGAAAAUAGGGCCCAAGAAGGAAUUUCGGUGUCUAAAAGUUGUUCUUCCAUUUAUCCAUAUCGCGUUGUGGUCACACCAGUUGAUGAAACGCGCGAUAGAAAAUAAUACUUAUUUUUUGCUUGUCCCAAAUUACCUAAGUAUAUUAGCUAAAAUUCGGUGAAUGAAUCGGAUAUUUUAAAUUAAAUUAUAUUGCAAAUGUAUGAUUAUUAAUAUAUACUAUGUAUUUGAAUCACGAAUGAUUUGAAUAAAAGACAAGCACAUCAAGUGGAUAAGAUCCUCUUAAAAAUAUUGGCGGGAAAAUUUACGAGUUCCUAACAUGAUAUGCGUGAUUUCACCGAUGCGUUUAUUUUAUUGAAAACACGCAAAGGCUUUCUUUACAUAUUUUAAA